AUGCGCACGCAACGACCCCAACAUCAAUCACGGCGACGGACACUGCUCGUGUCGACUGUGCUGUGCAUCUGCACGCACGCAUUGUUGGCGCACGCCUGGUCUCCAUGCGACGUUCGUGUUCUGGAGCAGAGCAACCCUUACCUCAGGACCGUCGUGGAGGAUGGUGUAGAAUGCACGCGGAGGCGGGUGUGGCUCUCCAUCUUUGACGCCGUCGGCGACACCAACGCGUGCGAGUAUGUCCACGAAGGUCUUGUCUUGGAUGCCUGCGUCACGCAAGCAAGGAACAAGGAGCCAUCCCGCACGUUCUCUGUUGCGUUCACGAGUGCGCGUGAGACGGGCACCUGUGUUGGGCCCUAUGUCACCAACGGCCAAGACGGAACUACCCUCACCGCAAUCGAGGCCGUUCAGUUCCCAAUGCCCGGCUGCAAAGGCGCCAACUGCACGGAAGUGGCGCUUGUGUUUGGCUUCAGCUUUGGCUCAACCGACAAGCAGUGUCACCACAGCAGCCUCUUUGGCAUCUACAACUUCACCUACGCGCUGGCCACGAGCAACAACGACACGUUCACCAUGACGUGGUGCAACGGCACAGAGUGCCAGGGCCCCGACGAGUGUGCCACCCUCUUCACAGAGCUUCCCCUGAAUGAAUGCCGGGACAAUUCGUGGGGCAGCAUGAUGGGCCAUGUGGAGUUGGUGGAGACACAGAGCCUCAUCACAUGCAGCUCCUCCCACCCACUCGUCCCAACAGCUACCCUCAUUGGUGUGUUUGUUGGGCUGUGCGCGGCGAUUGUGGUGCUCGUGCUUGGCAUCUGGCAGUACCGCAACUUGAAGCGCAGACGCGGGUACAUGAUGGUGCAAUGAGUGAUGAUGAUGAUGAUGAUGAUGAUGAUGAUGAUGAUGAUGAUGAUGGUGAUGAUGGUGAAUGGCGGUGGUGGUGGGAUUUUGUGCGUCGCAGCAGUGGUGGUGAUGAUGGAGGGAAUGAAGUGCGUGGAGGUGUUCUCGUGUCUGUUUCUUUUCCUGUCGAUCAUCCUGUUGGGGUUUAGACUGUUUUUUUCCUUGCUUGCUUGCUUGCUUGCUGUGUUUAAUUGAUUCAUGCGCAGAGAGAGAGAGAGAGACUUUGUUUGAAUGGCCCUUGUCUCCGCUUGCUUGCUCAUCCAUUGUGUGUGCGUUCUUGUGUCUCUGUGUGGUACCUUGUGCCUUGUUUGUGUGCAAUAUCCCCCCUUUGAUUCCAUAAUUUGUCCGAGUUUCACUUGCUGUGCUCUCCCCCCUCCCAACUUUGUUUGAAGCGAAUACGAACAACAGCACCGUGCA